UUGUUGGGAGGUCGUUUAUUGACAAGGGGAGAAGGUGACUCUUCUACUGCUAGAUCGGUUCCUCGUAAAAAUCUUGACAUAAAACGCCAAAAGCCUGGCAUUUGCUCAAUAAGCGAGCAUGUCUUCUUUUGGAAGGGCGCUGGGAGUCCUUCGGACAAGCACCCAGCUGCUUAGACGCGGUCCACGAAGGAUAACGACCAGAAAGGCAAGUGGUGGUCCUCACAUUGAGCCACAGUACCGGCAAUAUCCCCAGAUAACGAAGAACCAGAAAUUUCAGUCAGAGCUCAUCAGUGGAGCCAUGUGGUUUUGGAUCCUUUGGCACUGUUGGCAUGAUCCUGACGCAGUUCUGGGUCACUUCCCUUGGCCCGAUGCUUCUGAAUGGACUGAUGAGGAGCUUGGAAUCCCACCAGAUGACGAGGAAUGAGGAGGGAUUCACGCUGCCGUGCAAGUCUUUGUGGAAACCUGCAGGAUAUUCUGAAAGUCAUUGUUGUACAUAGACCAAUAAAAUUAUCUUCGAGUAAGUUAAACUGUUCCAG